AACAUCUCAGUUAAUUGGAAAAAGUUAGGUACUAAAUCGUCUAUUUAUCAAUGGUUUCUAAUAUAGUGGUAUCAGAUUUAUUUUUUUUAUUUUUUUUUUAGGGUUCAAGUCUUGUCCCUAAAAAAUAUGUGAAAUUAGGUGGCAGUUUAAGAGGAUAUUAUAUAUUUAUAUAUGUCGGUUAAAAAAAUAAAAUAAUAAAUAAUAAUAAUAAUAAUAAUAAUAAAAAACUAAAUCGUCUAUUUGGAUAAUGAGAUGAUACAAGCACUUAAUUGCAAUUUCCAUAUUUAAUGAAGCCUCCAGCCAACAUUAAUGCAGAAGUUAAACGUCCCUCAUAGCCAUGCAGUCUAUAUAAUCAUGAUAACCGGAAACCCAAGAGCCAAGAAGUUGCUCCACCACCCUUCCCUUUUUUUCCCCAUUCCCAAAUCACACAAUGAAAUCCCACCGCCGUUUGAGUCCGCCGGAGAGUCCAGUCAACUUUCUCAAAGUCAUUCUCUCCGACGAUACUCAAUCUACUGGCAUUAGGAUGCCGAAUAAGUUUACAGAGAAGCAUGGAAAAGAUCUGUCGGAAAGAGUGAUACUGAAGGUACCAAACGGUGACGUUUGGCGAGUUGACAUACAGAAAUCAGGGGAUGAGAUUUGGCUGGAAAACGGUUGGCCGGAAUUUGCAGAACAUUACGGAUUAAGAUUUGGGCAUUUGUUGAUGUUCAACUACGAAGGGUUUUCCAUAUUUGGUGUGAUUAUAUUCGAUACAAGUGCAUCGGAGAUAGUUUAUCCUCCUAUGAAGAAAGAUCCACUCAGAAACUCUACAAAAGAGAUGUCAAGAAAGACUCCACAACAAGUCAAACUUACUAAACCGAAGACUGUAAAGUUAGAAGAAGAGACAUGUUCAUCGAGUGAAGAUGAAAGCCCUAGGGUCAAGAUUAAUGUUGGAGGUGAAUAUUCAAGAAAGAGUUUGACAGUUGGAAGAGUUAAAGCUACUUUCAAAUCCCACAAACCUUUCUUCGUUGCUUUCAUCCAAAAAACAUAUCUUGCGAGAAAAAGAGGACUGCGUGUACCAAAUGAGUUCAGAAAGAAGUAUUGGAGUGGUGGCAAGAAGCAUAGCAAAUAUUUGCUUAAACUUACGAAUGGUGGAAGACAAAAGACUUGGGAAGUUCUUGCAUAUGAUGAUGAUUAUUUAGGGUAUGGUGACUGGAUGAUGUUUGUCAAAGAAAAUGGUAUUAAAGUUGGGCAUAUCUGUGUUUUUGAGCUGAUUCACACACACCAAAAUGUUUUUCAUGUUACCAUCAUUAGAUCUACAACUUAACUUUCUUUCUUUUUCUUCUUUUUGACCCAAAUGAUCAAGAUCUUGUAAUUGUUCUUUUGAUAUUGUCCGUUUACUAUUUCCUUUUGACCAAAUGGGACAAGUUUUAAAAGGGUAAAAA